GGUGCUGAUGGAAGUUUUUCAAAGGCGACUUGUAAAUGUAUUUGUUGACUGGGGGUGCUGGACAACGUUUCCCGCCGGCUAAAAAACAGUUGAUGACAGGAAAAUUGCCCCUGCCAAAAGGAUGGGUGCUGGACCAAAAAUGGCACUUUUUUUUUGGCAAGGGCAAAAGGGCUGGUGCUUGAGCACCACUUUGCAACUUAUCUGUGCACGCCCCUGCAUGGAAGGAUGGCUAGUCUGCAGUGGUGUAGAGUAGUGCUGCAUUGUACUGAUAGGUUCCCUCAUAAUAGGAGCACCUCUCAGUCUAAUUAUUAUUAGUAUUGUUGAAUGAAUAUCUCUCUCUGUCAAUCAACGCUGAGCAUAUCUUUCUCCUUGUUUUGGGUCAUAAACGCCCAUGAACUGACAUUGCAGGGGAAAAAAAGGAAAAAAAACCACACACACACAAGUUUGUCUCUCCGUGAAACGUGUGUCAGCGUGUGCACAAACGCACACCGCCCAUGCCCCACCCUCUCCGGAUGCCAGCAUCACUGCUGACCGACCGGCGAUGCUGUCAUCAAACCGGAGAAUAAAAUCCGGUUGAAGGACCCGCGCAGGCCUUGUCAUUAAUACCGGCGUCUCUGAUUUGUGAGUUCGUGUAUGCCGAGGCUCAGUUGUCGACUGUCUGCUGGACGUCGCCGGGGCUCCAAGGACACUGGCGAUGUGCACGUCUGACGGCGACUGAGAGCGAGCGUGUCCGCCCCGCUCGUGUGAUCGCGGCUUCGUCGACUUUCAUUGACGGGGACGAGCGCCCGUUUCGACGAGAUGAUUGCGCCAGGCAAAUGCUGCUGUGCUGCCCUUGCGCGGCCAUAGACUCGGCUCUUUUCUCCCACAGCUUUAGCGCCUCUUCCAUUUUUUUUUUUUUUGGUCUUUCUUUAUUUUUUGUGUGUGUGCAUACAAUGAUACCCGCCAGCGCCGCAUCAAUGUUACCGUCUGCAGAAGCUGCCAAACUGUACCAGACCAAUUACGUCCGCAACUCGCGCGUCAUCGGACUCCUGUGGGCCAUAUUCACCAUCCUGUUCGGCAUCGUGAACGUGACCAUCUUCUCGCAGCCCUAUUGGAUCGGCGAUGGCAUGGACACGCCGCAGGCCGGUUACUUCGGCCUCUUUCACUACUGCAUCGGGGACGGGGUCAACAGAGAGCUGGCCUGCCAGGGCAGCUUCACCGAGUUCUCCGCCAUCCCGUCCAGAGCCUUCAAGGCCGCCUCCUUCUUCAUCGGGAUGUCCAUGAUGCUGGUGGUCACCUGCAUCGGCUGCUUCUCCCUCUUCUUCCUCCUCAGCACCUCCACCGUGUACAAGAUCUGUGGCUGGAUGCAGGCUUGUGCAGGUGUGUGUCUGGUACUGGGCUGCAUGGUCUACCCUGAUGGCUGGGACAGCGACGAAGUGCGGCGGAUGUGUGGGGAGCAGACGGACAAAUACAGCCUGGGGGCCUGCUCCAUGCGCUGGGCCUACAUCCUAGCCAUCAUGGGCAUCCUGGAUGCGCUCAUCCUCUCAUUCCUGGCUUUUGUCCUCGGGAAUCGACAGGACGGCCUCAUGACGGAGGAGCUGUUGGCUGAGAGCAAGGAGGGAGGCAAUGCUUAGCAACAUUUUGGCUCCUGUGAUCCACAGAAUACCAUCCCUUCAACAUCACACGCCAGGAGGGAGGCGAGGAAAACCACCUCCUUUCCAUCAACUUGCCAAAAACCUUCAGCCAUUGUCGUCUCCUGUUUGCUUGCAGCCCCUUACGUACACCGAGCCCAUGUAAUACAUACUCAACCCAGAGAGUCUGCAGAACAACCCCCAUUGCAUAGACGGACCAUGGCGGGGCCGCAGACUGUUACUAAAUGACAAGUGUGGACUGAGCACUACCUGCAACAAUAUACACAUCAUUAUCUGAUACACACAUGCAUACUGUACUGUAUAACGCAUUUACUAUACUCUAUGUUACCAAUGAUCUGUAUGGUCCACUGUCAACAUCUGUGUGGCAAUUUAUCCAGACAAGAUCAGAAUCCAUGUACAGUAAAUUUAUUGUGUUUCAUCAUUUUAUGUAAAGGCUUGACAAUGACAUGAAAAAAAAAUCAUUUGAACCAUUUGUUUGUCUAUCUCUGGUCACAUUUAACAAAUAUUCUAUGUAGAUUGAAGUAUGUACAGAAAAUAUGUUAAGAUGCUAUGAGACUCAAUCCCUUCUAUGCCCGUUUAGCUCACUUUGCACAGUGCUUCAGUUCUGUUGUUUUCUCGUAUUUAACUCUCGUAUCUACACUGUGAUGGGGCUGUUAGAGGACUGCCUGUUGCGGGAUGUGUAGCUACCGUGUGAAUGUAUGCUGAAUGAGCACACGUGUGCACGCUCGUGUGACUGUGUCACCGUCUGUAUAGUACACACACACACACGCAGAGUUUUCCUGUUGUGUAUCUAUUUUAAUGUCUUCUGCUGUUUGUGUUUCUUUGACUUCCCCCAUGAGCUAACUAGUUAGUGCAUACAGGGUAACAGGCUAAUGGUGUGGCUUAUGAGUAAAGUCGAGAGAGAAACGGAUUUAGCUUCACCUGUCUUGUGUAAAUAGUUAUACUGUAGACACAACCCAUAGGGGGUUAUCUUACAGCAAUUUACGAGAUUACUUUAAUAAUAUAUCAAGACUUAAUAAAGAUUUUCACUCUGC